GCCGUGCCGUGCCGUGCGUGCCGGGGGUGCAGGCGGUGCAGGCGGUGCAGGCCGCAGCGGCGGGUCGGGGCCGCGGCGAUGCUGGAGGAGGCGGGCGAGGUGUUGGAGUCGGUGCUGAAGGCCUCGUGCCUGCCGCUCAGCUUCCUGCUCUUCGUCCCCGCCGUGCUUCUGCUCCUCGGUCCGCCGCCCGCCGCCGAGGCCGCCCACGAGUUCACGGUGUACCGCAUGCAGCAGUACGAGCUGGGCGGGCAGCCCUACGGCACCAGGAGCGCAGUGCUUAACACAGAAGCCCGCACUGUAGAAGCGGACGUCCUGAGCCGCCGCUGCGUCAUGAUGCGGCUGGUGGACUUCUCCUACGAGCAGUACCAGAAGGCUCUCCGCCAGUCAGCUGGUGCUGUGGUGAUCAUCCUGCCACGGUCCAUCUCUUCUGUCCCUCAGGAUGUUGUAAAGCAAUUCAUGGAGAUAGAGCCAGAAAUGCUCGCUAUGGAAACCAUUGUGCCAGUCUACUUUGCAGUGGAAGAUGAUGAGCUGCUGUCCAUCUAUGAACAAACACGGGCUGCUUCUGCGUCACAGGGCUCUGCCUCAGCUGCAGAGGUUCUGCUUCACACCGCAACUGCCAAUGGCUUCCAGAUGGUGACCAGCGGGGCGCAGAGCAAAGCUAUCCACGACUGGCUUAUACCCAGCGUGGAGGGAAGGCUAACAGGGCUGGGUGGAGAAGACCUGCCCACUGUCGUGAUAGUUGCCCACUACGAUUCUUUUGGAGUGGCUCCAUGGCUGUCUCAUGGUGCUGACUCCAAUGGCAGCGGUGUCUCAGUGUUACUGGAACUAGCCAGGCUGUUUUCUCGGCUCUACACCUACAGACGUACCCAUGCUGGAUAUAACUUACUGUUCUUUGCAUCUGGAGGUGGCAAGUUUAAUUAUCAAGGAACCAAGAGGUGGCUGGAGGACAAUUUGGACCACACUGAUUCCAGCCUGUUGCAAGACAAUGUAGCGUUUGUUCUCUGCCUUGACACUCUUGGCCGAGGCAAUAGCCUUCAUCUUCAUGUCUCAAAGCCUCCCAAGGAGGGGACCUUGCAGCACGCGUUUCUGAGAGAACUGGAGAUGGUUGUUGCCAGCCAGUUCCCAGAGGUGAAGUUUUCCAUGGUGCACAAGAAGAUAAACCUGGCUGAAGACAUUCUGGCAUGGGAACACGAGCGCUUUGCCAUCCGACGCCUGCCAGCAUUCACCAUCUCCCAUCUGGAGAGCCAUCGGGACAGCCUGCGCAACAGCAUCAUGGAUAGGAGGUCACAAGUGGACACGAAGGCACUAACCAGGAAUACCAGGAUCAUUGCUGAGGCUUUGACGAGGGUCAUCUACAACCUAACAGAGAAGGGAGCACCUGCAGAUCUGCAGAUCUUCACGGAUCAGAUGCAGAUCCAGGAGGAGCAGCUAGAAUCAGUGAUGGACUGGCUGAGCAGUCAGCCCAGGGCUGCUCAGCUGAUUGAUAAAGACAGCACCUUUCUCAGCACCUUAGAAUAUUAUAUGGGUCGCUACCUGAAAGAUGUCAAACAGCAUCAUGUGAAGGCAGACAAACGGGAUCCCGAGUUUGUUUUCUAUGACCAGCUGAAACAGGUGAUGAAUGCAUACAGGGUGAAGCCAGCAAUCUUUGACUUGCUUCUGGCUGUCUGUAUAGCAGCCUACCUUGGUGUCGCCUACAUUGCAGUGCAGAACUUCGGUCUCCUUUACAGGAUGAUACAGAGAUUAUCCCUUAAAACCAAGCAGCAGUGAAGCGACAAGUCGUCCUGUGUACAGCAGCACUGAGCCAUCGGUGAGCCCAUCGGGAACCUUCUGCCUUCCAUUGAAUCCUGCUGCUUCUCUUCCUCUCUCUCCUCUUUGCUAUCCUAGAGAGGAGAGGAAGGCAGAAAGAGAACAAAAUUUCAACUCCUAUGCACCUUCUAGGCGCUUUUCUUCCCCCCACUUGCACCAGGUUUGUUUUCCUUUGCUUUUUUUUUUUUUUUGCGAGGGAAAAGCUCAGAGACUUCCAUAGUUCCUGCGAGUUGUUUAAACACUGAACAGCUGACACUGAGCAGCUUCUGUGAGUAUAAACCCGAGUCCUGCACCUUCGUGGACAUAUGUGCCAUACAGCCAACUCGGAAGCUGAAACUACGGAGCAGAUGUAUUAUCUCUGCCCAGCAAACCAAGGACUCAGAGCACUUGCUUAGAAGAAAAGAUGCACACGCCAAUUAAAGAGAGUACUAUUAGCAUGUUUUCUUAUGGUACCUCUUCUCAAGUUUACUGCCUGGCUUUAGGGAGGUGUGCUGAGCAAGCAGUGUGUCUAGCAAGCAUCUUUAUGCAAUUUGUUUAGACAGUGCAAUAACUCAUUCCCUUUUCUUGGAGGUACACUGUAAACAGUCCUGACUGUUAUAGAGGGGAUGAAGAAAGCUUGUUAAAACGGGUCCCUGCAGAAGGGUUCUUACAGGACACGCUGUCCUGCCCCUAUUGGAGGCUGCAUUUUGCUUUGUACUUGAUUUCUCUUAAAGUUUGUCCUUGGACAGAUUGCUGCUGCCACUGUGUGCUAAACUCUUGCUUGGUUUUUAAAGGCGUCCUACAGUCUCAAACGCUGCAGGAUCACAUUUGGGGCUGUUUCAUGUAUUUAGGCAUUAAGAGCAGGAACAGCCCGGCUCCUGCUGAGCUCCGAUCGAUCUUCGUUCCUCAGUUUGCGCUUUCAGAUGGGUUCUGGAUUUUGGGGCUGUAUUUGUGUCCAUGUGCAUCUCAGGGUCUCAUUUUACGUUUUUCAGCUCUGUUAUUUCUGAAAACGCCGUUCUCAACCUGCAUGUAUAAGCAAAUCCCCACAGUGCUCGCUGCUGCCUCCCUUCACACUCCGCCCCCAGUAUGUAAGAAGGGAGGCAAGACACUUGGCCAUUAAAAAACCAAGCCAACAAACACAAAAAAAAACCCCACAAUCUGUGUUAUGAACGUUGCUUUAAACGUGGCCGGUUGGAGAAUUGUAGCUGUGAGAGCAUAUCUUGGAGCUCCCUUUGUUAUCCUUGAGCAAUCCUCAUUUACAGCUCUCUCCAUCCAGAAGCGUUGGCAGUCUGGCUGGCAGAGCUGGGCAGGGCAGGCAACCAUUGCUCUGGCAUUGCCAUCAUCUCAAGUUGAAGCCUUUCUUGCAUGCCACCACCAGAGAGGAGGAUAUUUCCUAUUUCUGGAUAAGAGCUGGCUGCUUUUUCUGAGCAGUGCUGUGCUCUGUUUACCCCCAAGUUCUGAAUAUAUCACGAUAUUUGACCACAAGCCCCGGGCUGGUUGUAGUUCUAGAGGGGAAAGGGAUUGAAUACCACUGUCCUGCUAUCAAAAACAUCUCUCCGAGUCCAUCCUUUAUUUUUUGCCCUGUAUACAUUGAGGUAUUUUCACAGGCAGUGAUGACUACGUUAAAAAAAAAAACCCCUAAAAGCCCUACUUUAAAUAAAAGCAGCACUUCUUACAGAGGAUGAAAAGCUCUUACGGGUUUGAACGAUGGUGUCACUUUUGUUUUGCAUGCAAGGAAUUCAGCUUUGCCCCCUUAUCUGCAUCACAGCUGCUCUAUGCACACUCCUUAGGAAAGGUUUUUACUAUGGCUGCUGUCUGUGCCCUUUGGAUGGGGACCAACGCACGUAUUUCCAUCCACCUUUGUUGUUUUGUGCUGUUUUCCCCCUCCUUGGCCUACCUUUGCCCCAUAAUGUGUGCUUUCUGCUAUAUUUAACGUGUAGCAAUUUGUUCUUUAAAGGUUCUUUUCUUUUCCAGGAGAGCAUGCUAUGUCUGUGGCUCCUUGUACUAGCAGCAGGUGGCAUGGUACCGAGCACUCCUGAAAUAUCAGCCCUACAGGAAAACUUGCCUUUUUUUCUUUUUUUUUUUUUGAGUUCUUGUUUGAAAUCUGUCUCUCUGCAUGCAUGAAGUGUUUGACAGCCCUCUGCCAAAUGAAUUUAUAAUGACUUCAGAAAUUGGUUGCUUGUUCUCGAGCGGCUGGAAGAUGAGCCGUGGUUGUUUUCCACUGCACUUGGAUACUGCACGUACUGCGUGCUGGGAGGGUGCAGGUCUGGGCUUGGAGAUACAGAACAGCAUCUCUCUCUGAAUGUCUGGAGGCAGCACUAGAGGCCUCCAGCUGCACUUUGUGUGUGUUACCCAUGGACAGGGCAUGUUUCACUCCACGUUACUUAAGUAGGCUUAAUGAAACCCCAUUACAAAAUAGGAAAGUCAGAAUUAUCAGCAAUCCUCCUUCAGCUUGACAUGGGGGACAUAAAAAUUGGCAAGAGAGAAAAGGAUAGGCCCAAAGCAUUCCUCUUUGCGUUGGAGACUGGCAGCUUCCACUUUUCCAGCUCAGUCCUGGUCGAGGUUAUAGCAUUAAAGCAAACACUUCAGUUCCUCGUGGUCUCGAGUGUAAAGUAGUGCUCCUGAUGCAGUGCCAGAAGCAGCUGUUUGAAAGCAAGAUGAGUAAAGAUGAAGGAGGAAGGUUCAUAUGUCCCCAGGGGCAGUUGGGACAGCGCAUUGUUCUCCUGUGCACAACAAUUUGUCCCAGCAUCUAAUUGGUCCAUCUAGCUGGCUGCCAUAGAAAGUCCUUUUUACUACAGAUAAGGGUUUAUGCUUCUGAUCAAAGUUUGUUUGUACUGAAACGUUAUAGAGUUAAAUUCCAACUUGUAGCUGGAACAGCGACCGUCCUGGGCGUGAGCUUAGUGCCAGCAUCGCCACGUUUCCUUUGGGGAGAUGACAGAAGCAUGUAAAUAACCCCUCCUGUUCUGCCACGUUUUGAAGUGACAAAUGAAUGGGUGCUGAUUCAUACUGCAGCACGUCUGAUGAAUCUCACUGCCAGUGUGACACACAGCGGCAGCAACCCGGCGCCUGUUGUGUAUAAUAAAGGUUCCCCACCGCGUUGCAGGAGAGCUCUUGCAGCAGAUUCUCGUGCUCUUGUUUUUACCUGGCCUUUACUGGGGAGUUGGCCUGGCCUGGAAGGAAGGAGCAUGGAAAACACGUGCAAGAAGCCAGCAGUUACCCUUGUAGCCAAAAAAAGCAGAACUCUGCCUGUUGUCCUGGUGCUGUCCGAGCUCACGGCGUGCAGAGAUCUGUGUUUCCAACAGAUUUCAGCCCUGAAGCUCUUUCUGUCUGUUCCCCACGCUGGGCACUGGGGGUUAAAUGGGAGUCGUUCAGGCUGCCGGCGCUUAUCACCCAAACAGGAGAGGUUUACCCUUGUGAAAUAAGCACUACCAUGCAAUAGGACCAGCUGGAGGAGUCAAUGCAAUCUGUUUCAACCUUUAAGGCCCCACGUAGCCCCAAACCGCUGCGGGCGUUGGGUUUGGCUUUGGCUUUGUUUUAAACCUCACUCAUAACAACACAAACCAACAUAAAGAGCUUCCCAGCGCCCCGUGGUCAGGCUGGGUUUGGUGUUUGGAGCCAUUCAGCCCUGAGCUGCUGGUCUGAAGGGGUGAGGAGGGGUUUGGCCUCGGGGUGCUGUGGGCUCAGCUCUGGUUUGCUCCAUUCCCUUUUGUUGCCGUGGGAUGGCGUUGGUUUAUCCUCUGUCAUUAACACAGCUGUGUGCAUCCUGAAGAACAAACGGCCAUCGAGGUGAAUAUUCAACAGCUGACAGCAAAGACAUUGCAGCCGAUGAGCGUGCUGUUUUUUUUUCCUUUCCCUGACGAUAAAUGUGACGGUAUUUAAUAUUUUCACAUUUUUCAUUUCCGUGUUUGUUCGUCCCUUUGGAAAAAUAAACCACGAGUGAGAA